CAAACAAUCUUAAUUAGAGACAAGGGCACCUGGUCAGGGAGAGACAGGGCCGGGAGAACGAACGGGUGGCCUUUUCUCCCCCAUUUGCUGCACUCGGGUACCACCUUCGCCCAGGCUCAGGCCCAGCAGCUCAGAGGCCCAGCUGGAGUGCCGCUGGCUCCCUGGGCUCUCUCUGUCCUUGAGCUCUUUCAUUUUGAGACGGGGGGGGGGGAGCUUUCCAAGGGAACCCAAUCCUGCCUGCCCUUCGACUUCCACAGAAAGGUCCGGCCGGCCAUUAGCUGAGCCCCACGGUGAGGCACGGGACCCCCAAGCCUGGGCAGGCUCCCCAGCACCGGAAGCCCGGGAAGCUGACGGGCGGGGGAGGGGAGUGGGGGGGCGAGCGCUCGCGGUGCCCUUCAGGUGGGGCUGGGGGCUGCCCCGCCCCCACAGACGGACCGCUGCGCGCUCCAGCUUGCCACGCUUGCCCCUCUCUCGCGCGCGGCGGGCCCCGCAGUUGCGAAGGGACGCCCGUCAACAGCCUCGCGGCGACGCCGGCGGGAGCCCCGGAGGGCCCUGAGCAGCCGCCGCUCCGCCCGGGCUGUGUGGCGCGUGUGGGGCGGGCGCGGCGGCCGCGUGGGCGGAGAAGGGGAUGAAGACCGGCGAGAGGCGGCGGCAGAAGCGCAACGCUCGGCCGGACGGGGAGAAGCAGAGGCUUCCGCGGCGGCGCCUGGACGGGACGGACGGGCAGAGCGCGGGAUCGGUCGUCUCCCCGGAUUGUCGCUGAUGGCCCCGCCGCUGCUGCCGCUGCUGCUGCUGCUGCUGGGGCUGGUGCGGAGCGGAUGCCCUUUGGGCAAGACCCCUUCUCGGCCCCGCAGAGGAAUCCUCCAGCUGGCCGGGAUGAUCCAGUGCACUACGGGGCGAACGCCCCUGGCCUAUAUUCGCUACGGAUGUUACUGUGGCUGGGGAGGCCGUGGUUGGCCCAAGGACCAAGUUGACUGGUGCUGCUUUAAGCACGACUGUUGCUAUACAAGAGCCGAGGAGGAGAGCUGCGCCCCGAAGAUGCGGUGGUACCCCUGGGAGUGCCAGGACAGCAAAGCCAAGUGUGACGACAUCGAAGACAAGUGCCAAAAGAUGGCUUGUGAGUGUGACCGCAGCGCAGCCAAGUGCCUGGCAAAAGCUCCCUACAACAUGACCUAUUUGUUCUGGCCAGACACCCAGUGUGGAGAGAAGGGGCCCACCUGCCCAGACGACUGACGCUCCCCUUGCGCAGCUUCUCUGCCUGUCCACCUUCCAAUUCAGGCUACUCCCCCUCGGAGGGCCCAGCCUCGUCCUGCUGCACUGGGAGAGUCUGUGGGCAAUGCUGGGAUCUCACUUCCAGGAUGUCACCCAGCGCAAGCCCAACUCCUUUGGGAUGCAAAAUUUUGAACUAGUGAGUAAUGGCACGUGGGAAUGAGACUGGGCAAAGAGAGGCAGCCAGGGAUGGUCAGAGAAAAGGCAACUUAGCCCUCAGCAGGAAAGUGGGAGGAGCAAGAGGGUUAGAAGAGCCCCUCCCUAGUUUUGUGGUUGUAAAGGAGAAGGAGACAGGAGAGAAAUUUUAGAACUUACAAGAUUGGUGUCAGCCAUGCGAGGUAGAAAAGAGAAGAAACACGACCAGAUGGACUAUUUCUACUUUAUUGUAAAGCUACAUUAACAGAAUCUUGCAAGUCUGAAAGUCCAAAUCUCUCCCCAUCUCCUUUACAGCCCAAGAAGCUUGGGAGGGCUUUUCUGACCUUCUUCCCCCUCCCCUGGUCAUUCCCACAUUCCAUUACUGUACAGAAAGAAAGAGCACCCAGGGCGGCAAGGGAGGGCAUAGAAAAGAACUAGUUUAAUGAACAUAGCAAGGUUCAACUCCCGUCAUCACAGCCUGGACACUGAUGAUCACCAGGCAGCCAGGAGACUAGCCAUUGUUCGGUCCAGCCUACCUCACAAUCUAAACAAGAAAGGGAAGGAGGGAAUACUGGGUGAAAAAAACAAAUAUUGCUACUUUUAGAAAAUAUUAUUUAAUUUGUAAAAAUGUUCUAUGCAAAUUUAAAGAUCAUGUUAAUACAAA